AUGGAAUUAUUGAAAAUGUUGAAAGAAAAAUCGGAUUUGGUACAUAUGAUAGUUGAGGCAGCAGAAACUGAACAAAGCAGUAAGGCAAAUUCAUUUUGUCUGCUUGAUCAGACAGCUCUUCGGGAAAUCAAAAUUUUGAAUCUUCAAUCACGGAACGUUUCUUUUUUUCAUGAGGAGUCGCAUCCAUUUAUACUUGAGUUUCUAAUGAAUAUAAUUCUUCAAAGUUCUUUGCUUGAUGCAAAUAUACCAAGUCUAGUUAUAUCAUUGAGCUGUUUGUCGAUGUAUCCUAUAUAUAAUCUCAAUAAUGAGACCAAAAAAAUGUCUCUUUUAGGAUAUGUUAAGAAAUAUGUAGGCCAGAAUCAAGGACGGAUUAUAGAAAAUGAUGUGGCUUAUUGUUUGCAUUGCUACUUAUUCAAACUAGAUAGAGGGGGUCAAGGGGGUGGACAUAUACUCACUAAGACUGGCUUUAGGGAUUGGAAGCACAAAAGUACAUUGAAAGAUCAUGUCGGGCUCAUUGAUAGUGCUUAUAAUCAAGCUUUUGCAAAGUGUACCAAUUUGAUGAAUAAAAAGCAAAGUAUCUCCCAUGUUAUUUCUAGCCAAAGUAGUAGUCAACAAAAAAAUUAUAAGACAAGGUUGACUGCGGUGCUAGACUGUACUAGAUUUCUCUUGAUGCAAGGAUUGUCAUCUCGUGGUCAUGAUGAAUCGAAAGAGUCUCUUAAUAAAGGAAAUCUGAUUGAGCUACUAAAUUGGUAUGCAACUCGUCGUAAGAAAAUUAAUGAAGUACUAUUUAGUAAUGCUCCUGGAAAUGACCAAAUGACUUCACCAAGCAUCCAUAAGGAUUUGGUUAAUUGUUGUGCUGUAGAGACGACAAGGUCUAUGAUCAACGAGAUGGGCGAUUCCUUGUUUUCAAUUUUUAUUGAUGAGUCUCGUGAUAAUUCUAUAAAAGAACAAAUGGCAGUUGUUUUGAGGUUUGUUGACAAAAGUGGACAAGUGAAGGAGCGUUUGUUGGGUAUUUGCCACAUUGCUGAUACUUGUGCCCAAUCACUCAAGGAUGCCAUUGAUGCAAUGCUUUCUACACAUGGGUUGAGCAUAUCUAGUCUGAGAGGUCAAGGUUAUGAUGGAGCAAGCAAUAUGUCAGUUAUUUCUGUGGCACAUAGGAAUGUUAUGCUUAGUGAUUUAUUUAACAUGCUUGCUAUUAUUGUGAAUUUGGUUGGUGCGUCAUGUAAACGUGUAGAUGCUCUUCGAACAAGUUAUCGUGUUGAAAUUCUGGAGAGCCUUAAUAUUGAGGAACUUUCUGAUGGAAUUGGUCAAUUUCAAGAAAUGAGUUUGGCACGUCCAGGUGAUACUAGAUGGGGCUCACAUCUAAAGACAGUUACUCGCUUUAUUAGUAUGUUUAAUGCGAUCAUAGAUGUUCUUGAGAAUAUAUUAGAAGACGGCAUAAGUUUACAACAAAAAUCAAUGGCCAUCAGACAGAUGGACAUUAUGCAAGAUUUUCAAUUUGUGUUCAGUCUCCACUUUAUGUUUGAAAUUCUUGUAAUUACAGAUGACCUUUCACAAGCCUUACAGAAAAAGGAUCAAAAUAUUCAGAAUGCUAUAAGAUUAUUGAAGUUGUGUAAGUACGCAUUGCAGAACAUGAGAAACAAUGGUUGGGAUACUUUGUUGAGUAAGGUAAUUCAGUUUUGUGUUGAUAGACAUAUUUCAGUGCCCAAUAUGGAUGAUAUUGUAGUAUCGAAAGAUUCAAUCUUGCAAGAGUUGAAUGAUCAUUUUCCAGAAACAACUACUGAGCUUUUUACUUGCAUUUCGUGUUUAAGUCCAAGAGAUUCAUUUGCAGCUUUUGAUAUAUGUAAAUUGGUUCGACUUGCUCAGUUAUAUCCUAUGGAUUUCAAUAGUGAAGAGCUUUUAUUACUUAGACCUCAACUUGACAAGUUUCUUAUGUUCGUGAGAAUGGAUGAAGCUUUCUUCAACCUCAAAAGCAUAUCUUGUGUAGCUCAAAAGUUGGUUGAAAUUGGAAGUUCUUGUUAUUUUCCAUUGGUUUAUAGGCUGAUCACAUUAGUUUUGUUAUUAAAUGUGGCAACUGCAAGUGUUGAAAGGGUAUUCUCUGCUAUGAAUCUAAUCAAGAAUGAUCUGCGCAACAAAAUGGGAGAUGAAAUGUUGAAUGACAAUUUGGUAGUUUACAUGGAGAAAGAUCUUUUAUGA